AAGUAGUGGGAGAAAAUAUUUAUGAUUCUUUUCCUUAACUUGCGGACUGGGCAAAAGCAAAACAAAGAGAGAGAUUUAAAUUUACAAACCACGUGCCGAUUUAAAAAAAUUAUAAAAAAUGUUCUCCAGCAAAGUUGAACACUUAAUAGUCGAUACUAGUGCAUUUAUUAAAAAUGUAUCACUACAGGAUAUUGCAAUUAAUGUAAUUACUGAAGAAAGUGUUACCGCAGAAGUUAAAAGUAAAAGACAAUUACGAAGAUUAGUUGCUCUUCCUUACAAUCUUGUGGUUAAAGAUGUGGAUCCUGAACACAUAAAAACUGUGACUGAAUUUUCAAAAAAAACUGGUGACUACAAAAGUCUAUCAUCAACAGAUAUCAAAGUAAUCGCGCUCACACUACAAUUAGAAAUUGAAAAAGUUGGUAAAGAUCAUAUCAAACUUGUCCCAGCAAUUGUCAAAACAGUACCAGCAGUUAAAUCAGAACCUCUAGCUCAUCCUAAAUGUAUUGCCGGGUUUUUCGUUCCUGACGGAAGUGAUGACGAAAGUGAUGAUGACAGUAAUCAAGGUGGUCAAUGUCAAUCUUUAAUAGAUCAAAUAAACAAUGCUGCAGCAGAUGAUGAACAAUCAAAACCAACAUCACCUGAUUCAAAUGACGACGACCCAAAAGAUGUUUCAGAGUUGGAUCAAUAUGACCCAGCAGACUUGGCGGAUAAAUUUAAAAAUUUAGACUGUACUGCUGAGGAAAUUGAACUGGAUGACAAAGAUCAUACUGUUGAUGAUAUUUUAGCACCAGUAAAAUCUGAAAGUGAUGAUGAUGAUGAUCAUGAUGAUGAUGAUGAUGAUGAAUCAGAAACAGCAACAGAAGAAGACAGCGAUGAUGAUGGUUGGAUAACUCCUAAUAAUCUCGCGGAAUCUAAAAAGCAAAUGAACUCCGAGACUUUAUCAGAGAAAUCAGUAGCAGUUGCAUGCAUGACAACAGAUUUUGCGAUGCAAAAUGUACUGAUGCAGAUGGGUCUCAAUGUUGCAGCUCUCGACGGUCGUAUUAUUAAACAAUUACGAACUUACAUCUUCCGUUGUUACGCUUGUUUCAAAAAAACAAGCCGUAUGGAUCAAGUAUUUUGCCCUAAUUGUGGAAUGAAGACGUUAAAAAAAGUUGCGGUAUCGCUAGAUGAAGAUGGCACUGAAAGGAUUCAUAUUAAUUAUCGAAAACCAUUGAGCACACGGGGAAAAAGAUUCUCAUUACCAACACCAAAAGGCGGUAAACAUGCCAACAAUCCUAUUCUUUGUGCAGAUCAACCUAUUCCGCAACAAAGAGUAACGAAAUUAGCACGAAUGAAAAAUAAUCCUCUUGAUGAUGAUUAUAUUGCUGGUUAUUCCCCAUUCGUUACAAGAGACGUUUUUUCAAAAUCAGCAAUGCUGGGGAUUAGAACUCAACAUUCAGAAAUAAAACAUUGGAUGAAAAAAAAUCCUAAUGAGUGUAGGAAGAAAAGAAAGUAAUUUAAUAAAUUUUUCUUCUAUAUUUCAAAAGUA